GGACACAGGAGGAAACACAUGUGGAGGUGGAGUGGAGUAAAAUCAAAAUUAUACUGGAUGACACCCACACAAUAGUGUUGGCAACCUGCAAGUGUUUCGGUUCCCACACACUGGAUCUCACAGCCCCCUACAACAAAGAUGAGGAUACAGGGACAGCCUGAGGGCGCAAGGAGGCGUCUGGAUUUAAAUGCACUCGGGGAGCUCAGGGGAGUGGAGAUCAUCCGUGGUCGAGCAGGAUAUGGUUUUACUAUUACUGGACAGAGGCCAUGUUUGUUGAGUGGCAUCCUGGAGGGCAGUCCUGCUGACCUGGUGGGACUCAAACAAGGGGAUCGCAUCAUGGCAAUCAAUGGAACAGACGUGUCCGCUGCUUUGCAUGAGACUGUUGUGCAGCUGAUUGGCAGCUGCAAAGGACCGUUGGGGUUGGUGGUGCAUGCUGACAGCAGAAUAAUGGGGAACCCCAUCCUUCACGAUGAAAAAUUCGGGAUUGGCAAUAAAGGGGGGUUUUACCAGAAGGCUGGUGUUCUUCGCACUAUCUCCCACGAUUCAAGCAAUUCCUCCUUUAACGCGAGUCAUGCUGUCACCCCGAAACAGAGGCCCGUGUCUGAACCCGACAUGUCCCAGUGGUCCCAGCAGUGGAGCAUGGUAACUGGGCAACCCAAGGAGGAAACGUCCAGCGAGGGGUAUUCAGACUCUGUGUUUACAGACCCAGAGGACGCUAGCCCAGACUGGGGUAUUUUAAACAUGACCUUGGUGGUCGGCUACCUGAGCUCCACAGAGCUGAUUUUGAACACUACAGAAUCAGAGGAGGACUGUUUAAAGGCCAUCCGGGAGCGAAUACGACAGUUGGGAACAGAGCAGGAUACCCACACUCUGGUGUUGAUGAAAAUUAUGUUUGACUGCAUCCGCCUUUGUGACGACACAGGAGCUGUCUUGGCAGCCCUCCCCGCUGAGAACCUGGUCUUAGGGGCUGUGUGUGCUGAAGACCCUCGGUUCUUUUGCCUGGUCACUACAGCACAUAUAAUAGAUGGCCAUGUACCAGAGGAUGGUCCUCUUCGGGCCUCCUGCCAUGUGUUCUUUAUGGACCCAGAGCUGGGAAGCCACGAGGACCACAAAGGGAUCGCUGGACGCUUUGGCUUUGAGUGCACUCCAGAUCCAGAUGCCGUGGGCUGCCUGGAAUUCCCUCAGACUCCCCCCGAUGUCCUUCACUUUGUCACCGUCCUGUAUAGUGACAUGGGAGAGCCCGUGGAGCGGCUCAGAGGGAAACUGGACACGGAGGCUCAGCAGCAAGCCAAGGCGAAUGGCAGCACUGACAAACAAGGCAGCACCAGCAGCAAUGGGGACAGUGGUAUUGGGAAUGCGUCCCCCCCUGAGGAGAGAACGGAUAGGGAUUUCCCUCCUGCAAUUCAAAACCACCCUGGGGCCCACCUCCCCAGCUGUCCAUGGGAUUAUCCUCCGACUGAAGACCUUACCCCAAUAAACCUCUCUGAGAAUGGACAAAAACUUAAUCCAGACAACAGUGCCAGCACACAUUCCCUUUCGGAAUCUCUACCUGGUCCCGAUUCCCUAACCGGCUUUUACGGCGGUCCCCCACCCAGGCUCGAAUUCCAGUUCAAGCCCCCACCACCUCCUCUGCCUUUGGGUAAAAAAAGCAACACCUUCGGAGAGUCUUUCAGAGGAAGCCAAAGGUGGUUCACUAAGCAGAAGUGGCCUAAAGCCCCGAACGAUGACCCUGAGCCUCCAGUGAUGCUCACCACCAACUGUUCCUCGUGCAUUAACCUUAGCUCAGGCACGAAUAACCUGCCGCCCGCCAUGUACCAGAUUCCUUCAGACAGAUACCAGUCGGCAGAGGUCAUGAUGCUGCCUCCCAGAGAGGAAUGGACCAAGAGGUUUCUGGACCAGAGGGAGAAACAGCGGAAAGAUGGUAGCAACAAACAUGUGAGUAAGCUUUGUUUAAAUGCAACAUUUAAAAAUCACACGUGA